GCACAAUAAUCCAACAUGGAGUAAUCAGAGAUGGGGCUCGUCGGGGCCACCUCAGCUACAGCAACACUCAUUCCAGCUACAGCGUACUCGGAAAUGCACACAAGCACCCAAACUGAAGGAAACGAUCCGAUUUAAGGCUCUUUAAUCCGAGAUACUCUUCCAUCAGCAACUGGUUGGAAAAAAAGGAGGAGGAAAAAAAAAAAGAAAAGAAACGAAAAAGCCAUCAAGACGGAGGAGAGGAGAGGGAGCGACAAGAAGACACACACACAGCCGAAUGUGAGGGAUUAUUUUGGGGGAAAAUAGAAUAGAGAGUGGCGUGAAGAUGACGAACAGACCGAGCGGACCCGCUGUGGGAUUUUUGUGUAGGUGAAACGAGAAAAAUGAUUGAAGAAACACACCCAAACGAUGACAGUUACAUUGUGCGCGUCAAAGCCGUGGUCAUGACCCGAGAUGACUCCAGUGGUGGAUGGCUGGCACAGGAGGGUGGGGGGCUCAGCAGGGUGGGCAUCUGUAAGGUGAUGCCUGCUGAGAUGACCGGCCGCAGCGACUUCCUCAUCCAUGGCGAGCGGCUCAAAGACAAGCAGGUGAUUUUGGAAUGUUACGUGAGGAAAGACCUGAUCUACACCAAGGCCACGCCCACAUUUCACCACUGGAAGGUCGACAACAAAAAAUGCGGCCUGACCUUCCAGAGCCCCGCCGAUGCUCGUGCCUUUGACAGAGGAGUGCGGAAAGCCUUGGAGGACAUAACAGAGGGUUCCACAACUUCCUCUUCAACACUCCAAAAUGAGGCUGAACUUGGGGAUGAUGAUGUGUUCACAACUGCCACCGACAGCUCCUCAAACUCAUCUCAGAAGAAGGAUCAUAGCACUCAGCUUGUGGCUACCUCCACCUUCUACGAGCCUCAUCCGCACCGCUGCAUCCUGCAGUACCGGCCGCCUGAACGCUACGCUCUGGAUCAGAAGUUCUCCAGGAACCCUUUCCCCUUUGAGGACGAAGAGAUCGUCCGAAUAAACCCCCGCGAGCGCUGGCUGAUCACAGGAUAUGAGGACUACCGAUACGCUGCCGUGCCAGACAAGUUCAGCCAACCCGAGGACUCAGACUCAUAUGUUCAAAUCAGCAAGAAUGAUCCUGUAAAGCACGACUAUACCUACCCCUACGUGCCCAGCUCUGAUUCCACCCAGUGUGACCUGAAGAGGCCCUGCGGUGGUGGGAGCACCGUAGUGUCCAUCCAGCCAAGGGCCUUCAUUCUUAAAGGCAAGCGGAGGAAAGAGGACGGCGAGCGAUCGCGCUGCGUCUACUGCCGGGACAUGUUCAACCAUGAGGAGAACCGGCGCGGGCAGUGCCAUGACGCUCCCGACCCCAUCCGGACCUGCAUUCACCGGGUCAGUUUCAUGUGGUGCGCCGACAGCAUGCUUUACCACUGCAUGUCCGACCCAGAGGGCGACUACUCGGACCCAUGCUCCUGCGACACCAGCGAGGAGCGCUUCUGCCUCCGCUGGACGGCUCUGCUGGGUCUAGCCAUGCUGGCGCCCUGUCUGUGCUGCUACCCGCCGCUGCACGGGUGCCACCGCUGCGGGGUGGCCUGCGGCUGCUGCGGGGGAAAGCACAAAGCUGUGGGAUGAAGCCCGAAACGACUCUAAACAUGCCCCGCGUACGCUAGCACUGAGGAGCGCAGGAGGGGACCAAACCCAGAGCGCCCGCCACGUUGUUGGAGCUUUCACUAGCUAUGUUUCCAUCCACUUAUUGUUAUGCGCAUCUUGGAUUAUCGCAUGGAUAUGCAUACGGUUUGAAAAUGUUCGUAAAAAACGCACACGCACAACUGAUUAGGAUAAACAUGCCUUGCCCAUACUUCUGCGCGCUGUUUGUGUUGCUCUGCAAUAACACUUCUGAAACACUAGCUGGCAGUAAGGUUUUCGUGUUCCUCUGUGUCGAGUUUCUUUGCAGGUGUUUAGUUUUUUUUCUGAACGCCACCUUAAUAUACAAGUAGAUCAAACUUGCUCAUUUUGAGGCGGGAACCGGUGGACGUGCAACAACUUUAAUCAUAAGGUAAACACAAAACAAAACUUUCCACCUGGAGCUCCUUCACAGGACUCGACACUUGUAAACAAUCGCUCCAACGGGUUUGCGUGGCUCUCUGUCCCGCCCACACUCAUCAGUGCUACAAAGCUGACCAAUCACAGAGCUUGCACUACGCGUCGUUGCGACAUGUAGUUACAUUUUUUGAGAAGUGUGCGUCGGCGACAGCCACGGCGAGGGCUAUGCGACCACACGAAGGCUGCGCCGGAGCAUACCCGUGCACUUAACGCACAAGUAUAAAUCUGCAUUUAGAGUACAGUGAAUGGUAGAGUACAACAAAUAUUCUUUUUACAAUCCCAUUUGCUGAAGUAAUAAAAGAAAAACUCUACGAUAACGUUAUCAAGACGCUGCAUUAGAAACACCCUGCAUAAGCAAAAAUUCCUUUUUUAUAAUUUGAUGCAAUGACGAUGUAAUACAUACGUGAAUACAUAUAAAUGUUUAUACGUUUUUUUAUCUACGUAAAUAUUGAAACCUUUUAAUAUUAAAAGGUCUGACGUGUUAAACGCUUCAUAACAGUCUUGUGAAAAGGGUUAAAAACAGUAUUAAAAACAAAUAUGUGCAUUGUGCAAGUAAAAAUGUGUGGGAUGUUACGCAAUAAUGGGCAAACCUGCGGUCGAUCACAUUGUAAAACAUCUGAAAUGUUGUUUUAAUGAAUCUGAAAUGUCUUAAAUGCAAUUUCAGUAUUAUUAUUAUUAUUAUUAUUAUUAUUAUUAUUAUUAUUGUUAUGUUAUUAAUUACAUCCAGAACUGUCCUGAGCGUCUGUGCUUUGCGUCUCACGCCUCGAAAUGCCACCACAUGUUCAUUGUGUGUUGGCAUUGUCUUUUGAGGCACAAGUAAUUUAUUAAAUUAAAUUAAUUUAAAUUAAAUAGACUUUCGUAUUUGGUGGCGGUUUAUCAGGAAGUGACGAUUUUGCUCUCUUUCACUCAUUGGAUGGAAACGGUGCUUCAUUCGCUAAUCUUUUAUGCGAUAUUCCAAUUUUGCGCAUACAUUUAAUUCGCAUCUUUAGAUGGAAACAUAGCUACUGUCUUUUCCUUUUUUGUGGUCUCUCCUGGUUCCCGGAAAACAACUGGUGCAUUUGACUGACUUGAAGAACGUUCUCUUCUCGUUUUUUUUUUAUGUUGUUUUUAUAUAAAUAUGAAUAUAUAUAUGUGUAUGUUCUUUUUUUAAGUUGUUUUUUUUCGUGGAUGUGUCUCGUGAAAGAAAUGGCUCUUUUCGUCAGGUGGCUCCUGGAGCCGUUACGUCAUGCAUUACUUAUGCAGGUACUUUAUAUUUUUUACACUGAUUUGAUUUUUUUUAACUUGAACGGCUCGUUUUGGUUUCGCUUUCAAUUGGCGUGGCCAGGAAAGGGAGGAACUAGCUGUUUAUUCUUCCUCGAAACUGGCAUUUAUAUCCCAAGCCCUUUAACCAUUCAGAACAAUAACAAUGAGAUUAGAUCGAGACACUAAACCUGUAGUUGGAAGCGUGCGUUUGUGGGAGAGCGUGUGUUAAUGCGUGCGUUAAUGCGUGCGUGCGUGUUGUAAAGGAAUGAUUACAUUGUAUCACAGCAUAGUAUUGUUGUUCUUAUAUUUAAGCCAAAUUUACAUAAGCUGCAUCCAGAGUAUAUGUAAAUACUGUAUACUCGUAUGUAUAUGUUUCAAAAUUAUUGUAAUCACCUUCGGCAGCCACGGCUGCGCUUCAGAUAGCGGACGUUUUUUCCUCAGAGGGAUGCGAGGGUGGCUUUUGAGUUGAUGCAUAUUUGAUAUCCAAAGAUUAUUUUUGUCAUAUUUAUUUUCGCGGUCAAUUGAAUCACCAGCCAAAGGGAGAUAAAAACCAAUCAAGAGAAAUCAUCAGACUGUAGGCAAAAAAAAGCAUAGCCAUAUAGGGAACGAGGAGUUUCCAAUAAACGGCAAAAAUCAUUAUUUUAUCUGUUAUUUUUCUCUCAAAUAUAAUUUCUUUUAGAAAAUCUAAAUAUCCUCACAGCAAAAUACCUGAGAAUCAAAUUAAGAAUGUAUCAUAAUUUGGUUAAAUGUUUAGAUUACAUUUAAUAUUUAAUAAUUUCAAUAUAUAAGUCUCUAUUUUAAUGAUCUAACACAAAGUCUAAAGCGCAUUGCGCAAAAGCAUUAAGAGUGUGUCUGAAUCCACUUUUGCUAUUUUAAGGACGGAAAAAUAUGCUCUGCGCCCUGGCGCAUGGUCUAACAGGGUUGUGCUUAUUCUCUUAAUGAGUUCUGGAUGUGUUUUGAGCAUGAAGUGCAUAAAACCAAUUAGAGUCUCUUCUACCAUUCCCUUUAAGAGUCAUGCUGCAUUUGCUAUUUACAUGGCAGACUUUGUAAGUGGAAAAACUGAACAUUUCACUUGCGAGAAAACAGAGUUAAACAGAGCAUCUGCAACACAAGGAUUAGAAAAAGCCUCCUCCAUUCGGCCUCUUUACUUUCUCCUUACUUUACUUUUACCCUUUACUUUUGUGGAUAAGGAAAUGGUGUUGUACGCACUCCACUGGAGACAUCCAUUAGCCUACAUAUUUCAUUUAAUUUGUUAAGUGCAAAGAUUUAUUUCAAAACUAUUUCUAAAUUCAGUUCUAAUUUCCAGCAAAUGAAUAAAUGAACAAUAAUAAUGAAGUGUGGUCAGGAGUUAAAUCCAAACACACGUCCUAUUCUUAUGCCCCAUAUAGUCAAAAACCCAACAGAUUUUAUUAAAACAAAUAUAAAUAUGCAUAUAACAAAUAAUACUGCUAAUAAUAACAUUAAACAAAUGCAAAUUGUCAUGAAUAAACUGAAAAAAGGCCCCCGAGGUGAAGAAGGCAUGGAUUUUUAUAUUCAUGUAGAAAAUAAUAAUCUUUGUUACGUUUUAAAUCGUUUAAUUUGUUCAUAUGUAAAGAUUUUUGUCUUCUGCUGUAUAUCAUGUGUAAGCUUUUGCACCUGCACAUAACUAACGCACUCUCCAUUGGACUUUAGACCCGCUUUUAAUUGGUCAAUGGUGCAGCCUAUUUCAGUUCCUCAAAAUAGCAACGCGCCAACAAUGCGCCUUAACACACCUCUAUUUUAGACCAGCACACCCAUGAGUCCACAAAGUGGUGCAAAUAGAUUUGCUAUUUAAACAACGUGCCGCAAAACAUAAAAAUUAGGGUUGCUCUGGUCUGAAAAUAGCAACAAAUCACGCCAUGCAUGUCUUGCGCCUUAUUGCGCAGGGUGUAUGAUAGGGCCCAAAGACUUAUUUGUGUUUAAAACAAAAGAAAAACUAUUUGCUAAUGAGAUUAGAAAAAUAUUUAGAAAAGCUCAUUUGGUUCUCACAUUUUAAUAUAAUUAUUAUCUAAAUAUAAACUAUAAAUAUAAUAUAAAUAUUUUUACUGAAAAACAAGACAAAACAUCAAAUAAUGCUUUUUGCCGUAUAUAUUUAAUCUUCAUAUCCUCUCCAGAGGGAAAACACUAAAAUGCUAUAUUUUUUUCCCUUUAAAAAAAAAGAAAAGAAAAAAAAUAUAGAAUUGUUGUCUUAAAGAUGUUUCCAACUCAAAUCCUUUUUUCUAUAAGAAAAACGAAAGGAAACAGAAAUAUAAGCUGGAUUUUUAGGGUGCUUAAUAGAGGGACAGUUGCCAAACCGAUCUCCAGUUUCUUCACGACAAUAACUAAACGCCUUAAUUUUGUCUCGAGAACGGGAACAGUAACAUGAAUCAAUGCAGUUCCUUAUAGAAGAGAACGUAGUAAACAGAUAUUUUUAUAUUAAAUAUAGAUAUAUAUAUUAAAAAUUAUAACGAAUACCCCAAUAGAAAGGCCUUUAUGUUGACAUUUUUUUAAAAAGUGCUCCGGUUAUUGCGGGAGUCAAACGGCAUGGUACAAUCUCUGAGGCGGCUCGUAAUUGUCGGGUCAGUCUCCAUCACCUCAAAGAACUACUUUACUAGUCACCUUCCCCUGUUCAUGCUUUGUCUGAAUAAAUCAUCCACUGGCAAAAGCAUAGCUGUCAAAGAAUGUACAGUA